GUAUUCUCGAUAUCUUAAUAAAGAGUAAACAUGAAUCGGGGUUAUCACAAGUUCGUCUUAUAUUACAUAAACGGAUUUGCUUCCUCACAUUCAUUUUUACAUCUCAAGUGCAAGAGACACCUUUGAUCAAAAUGAAAGCAACACUCGUGCUGGUUGUUCUGGCGUGCGCCAUGACCUUCGUAUACGGAGACCUCGUGUGCGGUUCCUCCUACUGCAAGGAGCACCCUUGCACAAACAAAAUUAGCGAUAAGAGCUGCAAAACUCCGUCGACCUACCGCGCCAACCACGCUGGCAAAUGCGCUUGCUGCCCGGCUUGUGUGACCUUUUUGUCGGAAGGCGCGGCGUGUAAGACCUACAGCAAGGAGUUGGGAGAAACCCCCUCAGCUGUGUGUCGCGAACCCCUCAAGUGCCUUAAAGGAGUUUGCACCAAAGUUGCACCUAGACGUUAAAUCUUUGAUAGCUGAUAUUACCUAAACACGAAAUCAAAGUCCAAGACUACAAUAUACAUUAUACCUAAAUAAAAACUACACACAUUCAAAUGCUAUAACCGAAAAAUAUUAAUAUUUAAUAAUUAAAAUAUUUUACAUAAAA